AUGAUAUACAAGCCCGCAUCGAAGCCCCGGCAGCGCGAGGCGCCGCACACGCCCGAGCUGUCGCUCACGGGGCUCUCGCUGAACGCGACCGGCGGACAGAGCGGGCACCAUCUCUCUCAGACGAUCUCCGCCCCUCCCGCCCACGACUUCACCGUCGCUGCGGGCGCAGGGCGCUUUCCCGGGCGUCUUCGGCCUCCAGCUCACACACUACAUCGUCCAGAGCCGCCUCCGCCGCUCGACGCGCGCUCUCUCAGGAUCCAGGGCAUCCUCAAGUCCGUCGUGGGAGCGAACAACGAUGGCGCGGCCGCGGAGCUCUCCGACGUCCUUUCCGAGGUGUCCCCGGCGAUCUGGGGCCACUCCCGCCGCCCCACGGAAGCCUCCUUCCAGCGCACCUCCCGCAACAACUCCCGCACAGACUCCCUGGUCCCCUCCGAGGCAGGCGACCGCGGCGACCCGUCGCGCACGCCGUCGUCGACCCGAGGGGGGUGGACUCCGUCCAGUCGCACCUCGAGCCGUCUCCGGCCCCCGAGCCUCCCCUGGCUGACGGGCCUCGACAGCCUGUCGUUGGCGCAGCGGUGGGUCGCGGCGGGCCGGGUGUCGCCGAUCGGCAAGGGCGCCGUCGCCUGGGCCGAAGCUACCGGCGUCGUGGCGUCGGAGAUGCUUGCCGAGACCCCUGCGGCGGGGGGGGACUCGCAGAGCGCCGAGGCCGGCAUGAACGGCGCGGGGGGCAUCCUGCUCGACAUCAACUCGGGCGGGCGCGUGUUCUUCGUGACGCUUGGGCGGCCGCAGCACGUUGCCGGUAACGCCGGCGGUGGCGGAACGGAACAGAUGUGCGCGAACGGGUUCUCCCCGCGGCGCGGCCGGUCGCCGGCGCCGGGGGAGGUGCGGCCGGGCGAGGGCCCGCCGUGCGUCGUUCUCAAGUUCUGCGCGUCGCGCCUGGAGGCGCAAUCCGAGCAGUUUGGCGCCGAGCUUGCUGCGCACGUGGGGCUCAAGGCGCCCGCGUGCCGCAUCGUGCGGCGGUCGGGGAAGCCCGGGAGCGAGUGGGCGGCGAUCCAGGCCAGCCUGCGAGACCUCGAGCCCUGCGGCGCUGAGCUCAACGAGGAAAUGACCUUCGGGCAGUGCGCUCUGGUCAUGGAGUACGUUCCCGGGUCUGGACUGUUCGAGGCGCCCGCCGCGUUCGCGCCAGCGACGCUGGCGACGACCUGCGAGGAUCUGGGCCGGCUGCUGCUGCUCGACAUGGUGCUGGGCAACUCGGACCGCUUGCCGAUGGAGGCCGCGCUGGGGUGGCGCGGGAACCCGAACAACGUGCUGUUCGCGACGGACGGACCCGCGAAAGGACGGCUCGUGGCCAUCGACCAGUCGGUGCCGCGGCGACCCCCGGGCGCGUUGCGGGAGGCGGAGGACCUCGCGGCGCACCGGCUCGCGGAGCUGUUGUUGAACGACGACUUCGUUGCGUCACAAACCCUGGGAUCCCUUCUCGCGCUCGCGCCGCGGGUUCUGGACGGCGACGCCGCCAAGGACGCACGCAGCGGCCCGACCGCGAGCCCGGAGGCCACGCGCGCGUUCCAGCACGGCCUGCGCGACGCCAUCAACCGCGCAUCAAAGGUGCAGGGUUUGCUGGACAUGAUGUACGAGCACCUCAGCGGCUUCAUUCGGGACUUCAUCGCCGACAUGGAGGGCGGGAGCGACGGAAUUCUGUCGCCGAAGGCGGCUGGAGCGGGCGCGAGGUGGUCGGCGCAGGAGGACGGGAGUCCGUCGGGCGCUGGAGCGACGGCGAGCCCACGGGACGCCACGCCGACGGACGCGGAGCGGGGCGUUCCGGAUCCGCACCGCAUUCGGUGGAUGACGUCGUCGGAGGUGUCCCCCGGCAUGGGCGUGCCGUCGGGCGGGCACGGCUGCGGGUUGCAUCGCCGUAGCGCGAGCCAGGUGGCGCCGCUGGAGGAGGACGCGCUGAUCUCGAGCUUGGCGUCCCCGAAAGGCUCGCGGCAUAAGAGCGGCAACAAGCUUUCGCGCAAGUCGCCGCUCCGCACCUCGCUCACAGGCGGCGACGACGGCGGCAGCACAAUCAAGGACACGCCGAUGUCCGAGCCGCCGUCCGCGCAGUCAGACGACGCCCGCGCGGCGUCCUCCGCCACCCAGGACUCGCAGGCCGCCGCGCCCGCGAGCACCGCCGCGACAGCCAGCAAUGACAACGCCGCUGCCGCCAAGCACGAAGAGCAGCCCGCCGCGCCGCCUGGCGCCGCGCCGAGCCCUCUCAGGGCCGCCGGACAGGGCGGCCGGUACCUAGGCGGCUCGGGCGAGGCCACGGUGGCGCUCAAGCGCAUCAAGGUCGACGCGAAAAGGGACGAGGAGCUGUCUACGAAACUGCAGUCAUGGGUCGUGGCGAUCCGCGAGCGGUGCAGCGAGCUGCGCGCGGCGGUCGUGGCCUGGCAGAACAAGCGCUCGCGGGACCCGAGCAUCCCCCUCCUCACCACGGGCUUUCUAGACGGCACGUUUCCGGUCGUGGACACGUACGAGCUCAAGGUCCGCCUGCAGCACGUCCUCCAGCGGCUGCGGCUGAUCACCGAGGCGAACGCGACGGCCACGCCCGUGAGGAUCCUCCCGGGGCUCUUCCUCGGCUCGGCGGUCUGCGCAAACUCCCACCAUGUGCUACGACACCUCGGCAUCACGCACGUGCUCAACGCCACGGAGCCCGACGAGGUCCAGCCGCCUCCGGAGGAGGACUUCGUGUUCCUGCGCGUGCCCGUGCGCGACGCGGAGACCGUGAAGAUCCGCGAGCACUUCCGUGCCGCCGCGGACUUUAUAGACGCGGGGCUUCCGUCGGAUCGGGGUCCGGGGGGAGGUGACGCCGCGGAGGACGGCCGGCCGGCGACGCCGCCGCGCGGGGGCGUGCUGGUGCACUGCUACGAGGGCAAGUCGCGGUCGGUCACGCUGCUGCUGGCGUUUUUGAUGGAGCGGAGAGGUAUGAGUUUGAAGGGGGCGCUGGAGCACGUGCAGGCGGCGAAGCCCGACGUCAGGCCGAACUCCGGGUUCAUGAAGCAGCUGGUCGGGCUCGAGGAGGCGAUUUACGGCAAGGCGUCGAUGUCCGUCAAGGGCAGCAAGAAGCCCACCAUGAAGGCGUGCCCGCUGUGCGGAGAGGCGGUCGGGAUAUCGGACGCGUCCGUCAAGGUGCACAUCAAACGCGCCCACCCCGGCCACACUCCAUAG